AGUGAAUAGAAUAGAAUAUUAAUGCACCCCCACAAUUUGAGUGCACUCUAAUAAUGCACCUUCGCUCUGACCCACUUCCCUUUCUCCUCCUUUUCUCCCAUGGUUCCGGACUUUCAAUUCAUCACAUUUUCUGUCCCUGCAACUUGAACAACACACGCCCCUUCCACAUUCAAAUUCGUAGUUAGAUCCAUCUCUAUUUUUCUUCAAUCUAGAGAAAAUCAGAUCGAAACCCUCCAUUUCUGUUGGUCUCACAACCUUCUUCUAAUACACCAUACCAAGCAGGAUUCAAGAUUGGCGAUUGCCGAUAACCCUAGAACAAGCUGAAGCUGGAGAAUUGAAUCAAUAAAGAUGAAUACGAACAGAAGAAGAAGGAGUGAACAAGUGACAAACCAAGAGAUGGAUGAGGAAGUGUUGAAGAAGUCACCACCUUCUCAAGAAAAAUAUGGCAGGGCUCAAUUUGCAAUAAGGUUAAUGGUGCUGGUUUUGUUUUUGGCUUGGGUUUUUGUUUGGGUAGUGGCUCCAACAGACACUUAUAAACAGAUAUGGUUACCGCAACUAAAAGCAAAGAUCAAUUCUUCAUAUUUUGGAAAACAAGGUGCAACACUUCUCCUGUUCACUGUUCCAAUAUUGUUCAUAGCUGUUUUGGGAAGUAUCUACCUCCAUAUAGCAAAGAAAUACAAUUAUUUCAAAAUUGAAAGGAGCAAGAAUGGGAAGAAAUGUGAGGGAGUAUUCAUAGGGAAGCGUCCAAUGCUUGUGAGAGGCCCUCUUGGCAUUGUUUCUGGCACAGAACUUGCCUUGUUGUUUAUGUUCAUUGUGCUACUAGUUUGGUCCUUUUCAAAUUAUCUAAACAACAGCUUUGCCAAAAUUUCUCAGAAAUCAGCAGCAGAAGAUGGAGAAAAAGUAUGGCAGAAGAAACUAGAUAAAUCAGCGCUAAUGUUGGGGAAAGUUGGGAACAUAUGCUUGGCAAUGUUGUUCUUCCCAGUGACACGUGGCUCCUCAUUGUUGCCACUGGUUGGUCUAAAAUCAGAGAGUUGCAUAAAGUACCAUAUUUGGCUUGGAAAUAUGCUCAUGACAAUCUUCACUGCUCAUGGCCUUUGCUACAUCAUUUAUUGGGCAGUGACUAAUCAACUUUCAAAGAUGCUAGAAUGGAAAAAAACAGGGAUAUCAAAUGUAGCAGGAGAGUUAACUUUGCUAAUUGGUCUUUUAAUGUGGCUUACAACAUUCCCUCGCAUUAGGAGAAAAGCCUUUGAGCUUUUCUUCUACACACACCACCUCUACAUCCUUUUCAUUGUGUUGUUCAUCUUUCAUGUGGGAAUCUCCUAUGCUUGUAUUAUGCUCCCUGGUUUCUACCUCUUCUUGGUUGAUCGUUAUCUAAGGUUCUUGCAAUCAAGACAGCAAGCUCGGUUGGUUUCUGCUCGUGUUUUGCCAUGUGAAGCGGUAGAACUUAACUUCUCUAAGACCCAUGGGUUGACAUAUAAUCCCACAAGUAUUGUGUUCAUAAACAUACCAAGCAUAUCAAAGUUGCAGUGGCAUCCAUUUACAGUUACUUCUAAUAGUAACUUGGAGCCUGAAAUUCUAAGUGUUGUCAUUAAGAGUGAGGGAGCUUGGUCCCAGAAACUCUAUCAGAUGCUUUCAGUACCAUCUGCAAUUGAUCAUCUCAAUGUCCAUGUUGAAGGUCCUUAUGAACCUGUAUCUACCGAUUAUCUAAGGCAUGAAACUCUUGUGAUGAUUAGUGGAGGCAGUGGCAUCACCCCUUUUGUGUCUAUCAUCAGAGAGCUAAUAUAUCUGAACAUAACAUUGAGAUACAGAACUCCAAAACUUACCUUAAUUUGUGCAUUUAAGAACACCUCUUGUCUCUCAAUGUUAGAUAUGAUCCUCCCAUGUUAUGGAAUCAACGGUGACAUUUCUAGUUUGCAACUACAAAUUGAGGCUUACAUCACAAGAGAGGAAGACCAUAAACAGAAUAAUAAUUCAAUUCCCCUUCAAUCCAUAUGGUUCAAGCCUAACCAAAAAGACUCGCCUAUUUCUACUAUUUUAGGUCCAAAUAGUUGGGUUUGGGUUGGUGCUAUAAUAUCAUCUUCUUUCAUAAUCUUCAUUAUCCUAAUUGGGAUGAUUAACCAUUACUACAUUUUUCCUGUUGAUCAUAACACCAAUAAAAUAUUUUCAUACCCUUUGAAGUCUUCUAUCAACAUGUUAGUGAUAUGUGUGUCUAUAGCAAUGGGUGCAAGUGCAGCUGUUCUUUGGAACAAGAAACAAAAUGUCAAAGAAGCAAAGAAGGUACAGAAUAUGGAGGGGUCAUCUCCAUCAGUAGAAAGAGAAUUGGAAAGCCUACCAAACCAGAUCCUUGCCAAUGCUACAAAUGUGCAUUAUGGUGGAAGACCUGACCUAAGAAGACUACUGUUGGAACUGAAAGGGUCAAAUGCGGGGGUUCUUGUUUCUGGACCCAAGGAAAUGAGGCAGGAGGUAGCAGCUGUUUGCUCAUCCAAUUUGGCUGAAAAUCUGCACUUUGAGUCCUUUAGCUUUAAUUGGUGAUUUUACUUGAAUUGUUAGAAGAUAUAAAACAUUUAGCUAUUAGCGAGAAUUGAUCUUAGCUAGCUUAUUUUGAGUUAGAAUUUUGUUAUUUUUUGAAAGUGUAAAUUGGUUAUGUAACAAAUGUUAGAUCCUAGUUCCUAGCUACCACCAAUGACAAUACUUCUACAUUCUAAUAGUC